CUAUAGUUAACGAUUCUUUAUCAUUUAAUCGAACUGUGAUAAAUGCACAUAUGUACAUACAUACAAACUUCAUACACUUAUUCACAAACCAUUACAUAGAAUUAUCAAUAUACACAUUUUCCAAUUUUGUCUAAUUGGACGAUAAUCUUCAUCUAUGUAUUUUAUGUUGUGCUUCAAUAAUUAUCCAUAGAGUUCGAAAUAGUUUUUAGUGCAACAAUUUCAAUCAAGUACACUACAUGGUGACAUAAUGGAUGGUAGUCGUCAACUCGAUACUAAAAUAAUAAUUGUGCUAAUCCUUAUUUUGGGAUUCAUAACUAAUAUAUAUACGAAAUUUGAAUUCACUAACAUGGAAUGCAUUGCAACAGAUAAGGAAUACGGAAAAUUCGAUUAUUGUUAUCUAAAGUCUAAGAAUCGUACCUAUAAGUACGCUUCAAUGAAAUACUCAACAUCUGAGAUACUUCCCAAAAACUUACUUAUCGCAUUAACAGUCGAGAAACGCUUGAAUGGGUAUAAACCAUUUCUGUACAACAUUUCCGUGGAUUUCUGUCGCUACAUAAGAAAUCCCAAUCCAGGAAAUAAGGUAGCAAAUUUCUUCUACAGCCUUAUUAAACCAUAUACUAAUAUUAACCAUUCUUGCGCGUACACUGGUGAUAUAAUUGUGGAUAAGGUGCCAAUCAGUUUUCUGAGCUACAAAUUAACGGAACUUCUACAUUUUCCUGAUGGAGACUAUCGCAUUACAACGUACAUGAUUAUAAAGGAUAUUAAAAGAACUAAGAUCAUGAUUUAUUUUAAGUUAUUCUAAUCUAUUGUAAUAUUUACUUAUAGCAACCGAAUCAAUAAAUCAAUUUUCUCCAUCUGUAAUGUAUAAAAAUCUCAAAACAAUACACAUAGCAAUCGAAUGUUGAAUUGUUUACUAACUGAUUCAACUAUUAACUCACAGCCCUAACGGUAAAUAUAGAUUUUUAC